UUUAGGUAUAUUUCCGGCUCACAUAUAUGGAAAUCAAGAAGAUGCACAUGAAUUCUGGACGCUUCUACUCGCAGCACUUGAUUCUGCUGCAUCAAACGGGAUGAAAAAUAGCGGAUAUAAUGGAUCCCCAAAAAAGAACGGGGAGCCACGAUUAACAACGCGACUGGAGCAGAUGUUUUACGGCAAACUGCGCCAUGAAAAUCGGUGCCAAAGCUGCGCCGGUUUUUCAGUUAGCCACGAACAGUUGCAGGAAUUGAACCUCGCUGUACAGAUCGACAAUCAUCAAGGAUCAAUUGGUCUUGAUGAUUUAUUAAGGGCACAUUUUGGCAACGAAGUAGUGAAUCUCGACUGCGCAGUGUGUAAACAGGGAACGCGGUGUCUCCGGAGUACGACCAUUUGUCGACCUCCAUUCGUGCUGAUGAUCCAGCUGAAAAGAUUUACUCAGGGCAAUAAGAAGAAUUCGACGCCCAUCAGUUUUCAGCAUCAGGGAGAAACAACGCAUCUUGGCCAUUACAUUGCUAUUGUACGAGGUUUUGAUGGCAAAUCAUGGUAUUUUUAUAGCGAUCACGAAUGCUAUCGGGUAACGGAACAAACAUUGCUGCGCAGGGAAGCAUAUUUGCUGCUUUACACACGUAAAGAAGUGGCAGCAAAUACGGAUAUGCCAGCACUGCAAAACGGGCCAUCGCCGUCGAAAAUUCGUGCCAGAUCGAAACUUGCUCAAAAUUCGCAGCAGUUUCUUGAUGAUGACUACUGCUUGGAUUAA